AUGGCCGAAGCAGAAGAAAUAUGUUCACAUUUACCAGAUGACUUAUGGGAGCAUGGUUUUAAAUUGCGUUCCGCAACAGCAAUUGCAGCCUCCGCAUCGGCAUCAGACCGCAAUUGCGGUUGCAUCUUCAAAUCCCUCAACUGCGACCGCCGCACUUUGAAGUCUCUCUCCGUAUUCUCCAAACAGUUUCUCUCCAUCACCAACCGCCUCCGAUUCUCCGUCACAAUCACCGAUGAAACCAUCCCUUACCUUCCUCGCCUCUUCCACCGCUUCCCUAACCUCACCUCCCUCAACCUCAUCCUCCUAUCCAAAACCCUAGAACAAGUCAACGAACUUCUAACCCUAAUCUCCACUUUCCCUUUGGACAUCAAAUCCCUCAAUCUCUCCGACGGUGUCUACACCAUUCCUGCAAGUGGGUUGAUAGCUCUGUCCAAAACUAUGAAAAAUUUGAGAUCUCUCACUUUUGACAAUUUGCUUAAUUACGACAAGAAGGAUUUGUUCUUGAUCGCCAAUUGUUUUCCUUUACUAGAAGAACUCAAUCUCAGUUAUCCUUUGACUUGUAGUAACCAAGAUUUUAUGCUAGAGGAUAAUGAUCCAUUAUUGGCACUUCCCAAACUCCGCAAGAUUAACUUAUCUGGUAAUAACAUCAAUAAUCAAUUUAUUGACUUUCUCCGCCAGAAUUGCAGGCUUCUUCAAGAGAUCACACUCAAGGACCGGAAAUAUUGGCCUAGUCGUAGAAUAUAUUUAUAG